GACGCCAGGAUGCCGAGCCGUGGCCGUCCCUGUGGCUGCGGCCCAGGCCCCAGCGUGGAAGGCGGCAGGUGGUAUGGGGUCCGCUCCUACUUGCACCUCUUCUCCGAGGACUGUGCAGGGGCCGCCCUCAGAGACGACCCCGGGGGGCCUUCUAUUCUGUGUCCCCGUCGACUCUGGCCCUCAGUGUGCUGGAAGUUCUGCCUGUUCCUGGGGAUCCUGCUUCUGAUCAUGGGCGUGGCGGCCCUGGCCACUGGCUAUACCGUGGCCCCCAAGCUGGAGGGCUUCGGAGAGGGCGAGCUCCAGGUGCUGGACCAGUGGGCGGCGGACUACAACCGGGCUCUGGGCACCUGCCGCCUGGCGGGCACGGUACUCUGCACGGCAGCCGCGCUCCUGCUGGCCAUCUGCCUGUUCUCGGCCAUGACCGGCUGGCUGAGCCAGCACACCGAGGCGGAGCCUUUGGAGACCGAGGCAGACAGCCAUGCGGAGGUGUCCGUGGACGAGUCAGAGCAGCAGCAGCUCUCCCCCAUCUUCUGUGAUGCCGACGGCCACCCUUGGUUCUCGCCGCCCACCAGGGCCUUCAGGCAGCCCUCCGUACAGGCCACCCAGCCCAAGUGGAGCUCUUGAGCUGCCCACGGGGCUGGAGGAGGCGCCAGACCCAGAGACCGGACCCCUCCUCCUCUUCACCACACCCCACCGUCUCCUGAACAUCUCCCUGUGAGCAGGGACGGACCCUCUGUCUAAGCCUCCAAAAGGCUCGGCUCCGGCUCAGCAAGUCGGGAGCUCCCGUUCUCAUGCCCAUUCCCAGGGGGCAGGGCCCAACUCGCCCAAGAUGCCAGCCUUCUACUCAGAACUCCCACCACCACUCCUUCCCUCCAAAGCAUCUCCCUCCACCUGUCCCACCCUCUUCUCUCUGUGGCCACGCCCCUUGCCUGUUCAGACCACCCGUUCCUGCCUCUGAAGGAAAGGGAGUUUGGGCCAGAUUCUCGAGUUCCACGAUUUCCCUAUUCUCCCGGUAUGUAAGCAUUACCCUCUCUAGGCAAAAGUGGGUGUCAUUCUCACCCACUGACCCCGCCUCUCUCAGCUGC